UCGUCAUCAAAAGGAUGAUCGUCUCUCCUCCCGCGACGACGAAAGUUUCAACACGGCCAUCGUCUUUCAGAGGAGUUGACGAUGUCGAUUCGACAGAGUUUGCAGCUCUUUUACGGCAGUAUGGAAUCUCAAGGUCUGUGGAAGAUGGGAGGCGGCUUCACUCUCAGCUGUCCGGAACUGGGCGGGACCGAGAGACAUUCCUGGGAAAUCUUAUCGUUCAGAUGUAUGGAAGAUGGGGGUGCUUGGAGGAUGCUCGGGCUGCCUUUGACAGGAUUCCUCGGCCGAACGUUUUCAGCUGGACGCUUCUCAUCGCAGCUUACGUCGACAACGGAAAUGGGAGAGAAGCUCUUCGAGUGUUUUGGAAGAUGCAACUGGAAGGAGUCGAGGCCGAUAGCUUCGUCUUCUCCAGCGUGCUGGGAGCUUGCUCCAUACUGGGAUGCUUAGAGCUGGGUAAGCGUCUCCACAAGCGGCUUGUUGACAUCGGACUAAGCACUCACCUUGUCUUGCAGAACUCGCUGCUAAACAUGUACACGAAAAGUGGCAGCUUGGAGGACGCUGCUCGUUUGUUCCGGGAGAUGUCCCAGCCAAACAUCGUCUCGUGGAACACGAUGAUUGCGGCAAAUGCCCAGCAUGGACAUGACAGGGAAGCUCUGGAGAUUUUCUGGACGAUCGACUUGGAAGGCAUGGAGCCGGACGUUUUCACUUUCGGAGCCGGACUAGCAGCGUGCUCGAGUCUCGCGCUCAUCGAGCAGGGGAAAGCGAUCGAUGAGAGAACCACCAGCCUGGGAUUUGAGGCCUCCGGCAGUGCUGCUUUACAGAACGCGCUGAUCAACAUGUAUGCCAAGUGUGGCAACUUGGGAGAGGCACGGAGGAAGUUCCGGAAAAUCAAGGACAAGGACGUGGUUGCCUGGAACAUUAUGAUAGCUGCAAAUGCCGGGCUUGGCUGUGGCGAGGAAGCGUUAAAUCUGUACAGGGAGAUGGAAGUGGAAGGCUUGGAGCCCGACAUGUUCACGCUCUCUAGUGCCGCGGUCUCCUCCUCCGACUUGCAACAAGGCAGAUCAGUCCACGAACGAGUUCUGACGAUCAGGCCUGAACCGGAAGGAAGUGUUGUCGUCCAGAAUGCUCUCGUCAACAUGUAUGCGAGGUGUGGAAGUGUGGAAGAUGCGAAGAGAGUUUUCAUGGAUUCACCAGACACAGAGAAGGACUGGAACGGAUUUAUCUCGGCCUGUUCCCAGCACGGCUUUCCAGUGGAGGCACUCACAGCAUUCUGGGAAAUGGAUCUGGAAGGGGUGAAGCCGGUUGAGAUCUCGACACUGACGAGUGUUCUCGCGGCCUGCUCGCUUCUCAAGAAGCUAUCAGUGGGAAGAGCACUCCAUGCACGGAUCGAGCACGGUGGAGGAGGAUCCUCAAGCGUCGCGUCGACUGCCUUGGUUGAGAUGUAUGCGAACUGUGGGAGUUUGGACGAGGCAGUGGAAGUUUUUGACAAGAUGGUGGAUCAUAGAAAGGAUCUGGUGGCCUGGACAGCGAUGAUCGAUGCGUACGUUCGUCAUGGCUGCGGUCACGAUGCAUUGGAGCUGUAUACAAAGAUGAACCUGGAAGGAGUCCGAGCUGAUGAGAUUUGCCUGGCAAGCGUUCUGGCUGCCUGUUCGGCAACCGGCGAUGAACGGACCGGCAGAAGAUUACACAGUCACGUAGUUCUGGAUCGGGAGCUCUCGGCUUCUAUCGAGGUGACCAACGCUCUGUUGGAGAUGUAUGCGAGUUUCGGCGAUCUGGAGGAGGCCGAGAGGGUGUUUGACAAGGUGGCCGGUCGAAGAAAUGUUGUGACAUGGAAUAUCAUGAUCGCGGCACUCGUUCGAGACGGCCAGGACCCAAGAGCUCUGAGUUUCUACCUCGACAUGCAACGCGAAGGCAGAGUUCGAGCCGAUGCAUUCGUGUUCGCGAGCAGCAUCACGGCGUGUGCAAACUUGCAGACGCUCGAGAAGGGCGAGAUGAUCCACCGAAGGAUUGUUUCCAGCGGGCUGGAGAGAGACCGGCCAGUGGAGAAUGCCGUGCUCAACUUGUACGUGAAGUGCGGUAAGCUCCAAGUUGCCGAGGAGUUUUUCCAUAACAUGCAGUACAGGGACGUGGUGUCUUGGAAUGCGAUGAUCACGGCUCACGCUCAGCUGGGAUUCGCAGCCUCCCGGCACAAAAACGGUGCGAGCAAAGCCAUGGAGCUGUGGAACGAAAUGCACUUGGAUGGGAUCCAACCAGAUAGCAUCAGCUUCACUGUCAUCCUCACUCUGUGCAGCCAUGUUGGUCUGGUCGACCAAGCAAGGCUAUACUUCGUGUGGAUGCUUCAAGAGCUGGAUGGAAGGAGUGUUGGUCGAGAGGAGCACUAUGGAUGCAUUGUGGAUGUUCUUGGGCGUUUAGGAUGGUUGAGCGAAGCAGAAGAGCUCAUACACACAAUGCCUGUAACACCAAGCCAAGUUGCUUGGAUAAGUAUGUUAAGCGCGUGCCGGAUUCAUCCAGACGCUGCCAGAGGCAAAUGGGCUGCCCAAGAAGCAACUAAGCUGGUCCCAUGCAAGUCCUCUCCGUACAUUCUAGUUCACGAUAUUGUGACCAUGGCCCAUUGACUCUAUGGCGACACCUGGCUACCUUAGGUGGCGCUUUGCUAGAUCUUUAAAAUGGAGCUGGAUGACCCCCCUUCGGGCAAACAAAAAGUCUCUGUAUAGCCCUCUGUGGCUCUCUUUGAUCUCUUAUAGAUUGAUUCUCUUUGAUCUUUGAUUGAUCGGUUGAUUCUAUGGCGGCCUCUGAAGCGACAAUGGAUGCAAUGAGGCGGGAGGCUCGAGCAAACGCCAAAGAAGACAUUGUGACGCUAGCAUCUGGUGCCCGAGAGAAGCUUGAUCAUGCUUUUGCAAGCGCCAAGGAAGUUGGAGGUAAGAUUGCUCAUCCUUUCGACGCCGGCGCUAGGGAGGCAGCGCACGGCAGGGCCGAGGGGCUGCGUAGGCAAUCCUCGGAGAAGCAAUCAAGUUUGCGAGAGAUGGCCAGCCGCAAGGCGGAGGAAGAGCGUUUGGUUGCACGGAGCAAGGUUGCGCAGCAAGUUCUUGGUGGUGGUGGAGGGAUGCGCUACCCAGUGCCAGUUUACCCGGAUCAAUCCCAACCCCAGCAGAAUGGAUCCCAGCAGAAUGAACAACUCCAGGACUAUCCAGUAGAGCACCCUCCUCGCGUGGAAUCACCCCAAGAUCAAGGUGGGAGCAAUGAAAUAAAUCACUCUGCCCAUCCUGUGGAACCACCUCAUCGCGAAGAAAUCGAGCAGCGUCCUCCCCAUGGCGAGGAACCAGCUCAAAACAGGGAUGUUUCCAAUUGAUAAGGAACCUUUCUACCUAGAUACUUGUGUUUGUGGUUUGUAAAAAGAAGGAACAUAUUUGAUUGAUUGAUCAUACGUUGGUGUACGACUCUUGACACGGAACAAGACAAAGCCAGUACAAAGGCGUGAGAGCCUACGCCCCAACAAUAUUUUAAAGCUAGAUUAAAAACACUUGCGCGAAUGGAUGGACGCGAGCAAUCCAGGCAGCGCCAUCAGCAUCACAGAGGAAUCCGUGCUAGCUAACAAGUUGGAGGAGAAGUGUGAGUGAGACGACCCCACACGGCAGCCGUCGGAUGCGGCGAUGGACGACCGCGGCGGCGCCACGUGGGUAGAGAUGCCCUGUUGCUCAAGUAGGAGUUAGUCCAAAUUCUUCGCCUUCGUCGUGAAACCCUCCCUUCCCAGACACAUUCUUCCAUAGAUUUCGCCAGGGAAUUUGUGUGGAUUUGUAGCGCGCGCGCGCGCCCUCUUAGAAGAGCGAGAGAGAGAGGGAGAUCAUCAUGGCGAUGGCGCUAUCGCAGCUCCCUCCGUGGCUAUGGCGCGCCAGCGGUGGUAGCAACAGCAACACCCUAGAGAAUCAGCAGCACCAGCAGCAGCAUCAGCAGCAAGAGAGCGAUCGAUUCCGGAGGAGCAGCAGAGCGAGCGCGGGGAAAUCGCGACGACGCCAGAGGCCCAGGUCCUCCUCCUCCGCCUCCUCCAAUUCCUCGUCGCAAUCGGCUGCUAGCGCGCGGCGGCCGUGGAAGCUGUGCCGCGAGAAGCAGCUCGACGAGGAAUUCGACCUGGUGGUCGUCCACACGGAUGGAUGCUGCAUGUCGGGCUCCGAAUCGGAGGAUUCCGACUGGUCCGUCGGCUGGCUGGAGCCCCAUUCCACCGAUUUUAGCUCCGAUUCCGAGGAGAGCUUCGCGGUUCUUGUGCCCUGCUACGGCUCCUCGCGCACGCGCCGAAAUAUCUCCUCCGCCGCCCCGGCCAGCAAUCCUCCUCCUCCCACCGUCUGGGCCGCCGCGCUUCUCACCACAAUCUCCAGCGGCAGCAAUCGCAAUGCCGCAGCAGCCCAGCAGAGAAAGCACGUCGAGGAUUGGCUAUCUUCUCUCCAUUGAAGGCGACGAAUGGAUGGAUCGUUCCUUCGUUUGGGCUAGCGCCACUAAUCCAGUGUGGCUACUUUGCGACGCGAUUGAUUAUUUUAGCGGUGGAUUAAGACUAACACGAAAUUGGAUGGAUUGGGAGAUUGGAUUUGGGUAACAGCUCACUCACUUUUACUCACAGCGCAGCACACAAGCUCACUCACUACACGCCUCUGUACAGAAAAAAAAAUUGGUAGAACAAUAUUGUGUAAACAUCUUUAUCAAUGUAAAAAAGUGCCGGUUUGUUA